AUAUAAAACGAGCUGUCUCUGUCCAAAGCAGUGAACCUUCACUGUGCCAGACAAAUGUAGGUGAGCUUGUUGCUGCAUUUAAGAGAAUAGAGAUGCAGUGUUAAAACUACAUCAUUAUAUUUUAACAUGAACUGCUGACUGAAGGUUGCAGCUUGAGUUUCAGGACAUAUUAGACACAGUUUCCUGGGAUGGCUGUAAUCCUCAGCAAUUUACUCCACUGGCUGCUCUGGUAUGAGGAAACAAAUUGAACUUUGGGUGGGGUUAGAGUUUCCCUUUUAAGAGACACGGAAAUAGCUCUGUUUAAGUAAUGUGUGACAUUGAAAAUACUGUACACCAAAUCUCCCAACACAUCGCAUCGCAAGCUCAAUACUGUACUGACAACACCAUCUUCAUCUACAGCACCAGGCAGCUGCUGCUCAAUAAACAUAAACUGAAGAAUGAAGCUCUCAGUGCUUGGGGCUACAGGACAAACUGGACAGUUUCUCGUGAGACAAGCUCUGGAACAGGGCCACAUGGUGACGGCAAUUGUGAGAACUCCCAGCAAACUCACUGUUCAGCAUGACAACCUGAAGGUAGUAGAAGCAAACAUCUUCUCUGAAGACAGCCUUGUGGAGCACUUUAAGGAGCAGGAUGCUGUCUUGUCCUGCCUUGGGUUCCCACUGAGCAUAUUUUCUCGAGCUACUGGAUACACUGACUCAAUGAAAGCUGUGGUUGUUGCCAUGCGUCAAGCAAAAGUGAAUCGGAUGAUAACAAUGACAUCCUGGUACACAAAGCCUGAAUCUGCUCGAAAGGCUUCUUUAUUUGUGCAGUACCUCGUCGUUCCCGUCAUUCACAAUUUAUUGAUCAAUAUGGAUGAGAUGGAAAAUUACUUAAGUGAGCAAUGUGAUGACCUCAAUUGGACUGCAGUAAAACCACCGGGACUUCGGAAUGGACCAGCAACAGAUAAAGAAAUCUUAACCAAUGAUGGGUACUUUGUUCCUGGUCCUGAUGGAAAUCCAUUGGGAGAUUCUGUAUCCCGAGGUGAUGUCGCUCGCUUUAUGCUUUCACUUCUUAAUGGAGAUUUGUGGAUGAAGAAGGCUGUGGCCAUGACAACCAAAUGAGAGUUAAAUUCUUGCACUACAGUGGAAUUGUGUUUUCUACUGUUAUAAACUACACAUUUCUCAAUAUAUUCAACAACAACAACAACAGCUUGCAUUUAUUCACUGCCUUUCAUAUCAGGGGCACAUUUCAAAAUGCUUCACAGCAUGUAAAGUGAUGUGAAUGAAUAUUUAAUCACGAACAUGGUAGCCAGUUUGCUCAUAGCAAUGCUCCACAAACAACCACGACUAAUUUUAACUUGGGGAUUGUGGGCCAGAGGAUUACAUUAUACUAUGCAUCCAGUUCAGUUGAUGGAUUAUAGAUUAUUAUAUUUUGUGUAUUCAGGCAAGACUCUUUUUAAAUUGUGCCUCGUUCCAUUACCUAGAUUGAUUGUUAAAACAUAAAUAUGUCUGUAAUGUUUACCUUUUUCUAUGCAAUGUUCACUGGGAUAUCCAAUAAAAAUUGAUGAACAUU